UGAUGUGAAGGCACCACGGUGGGGGCGGCCACACCCUCACGGUAAACAAAGACAGCUGACUGGGACGAGGCGCGUCUGCGCCAGAGUUGGCAGAAGAGCGCGCGUUUCUGCGCGCGUGUGUGGGAGCAGCAUCGCAUCUUUUCAUUCAAGCUGCGAGCUCCGAGCCCGCCCCCUCACAUGCGUAGGUACGUUUAUUCCUAUAAACACACACAUGCGCAAUGGAGCGGCGCAGUCCAAAAAAAAAGAACCCCUUUGUCUCGGUCGCCUCCUCACGGCGGCCCCGAAACAAGAAUUCAGCAGAGCAGCGAGUGUGUGGAGCAGACUGUCUCCUCCCCCCGCCAUAAGGUGCCCCCCUCCCCCUGCCUCUCCACACCCCUCCAUGCUUUUGUGUGUGUGCGCGCGCCGUGGAGCCCAUUGCGCACCCGAAAACCGUGUGCGCAUGGAGAGGCAGCCUGGAUGUAGCAGAGGAAGAAGUCAGCCGUUCAUGGAGGCGUUUUGCUAGAAACCUGUGGGUGCCAUAAAGUGUGUGUGGGGGGGUGCGUCUGGACCCAUGUGGGGGGCUCGCUCGUCCUGAGCCAGGAGGAGGAGGAGAGGAGGAAGGAGGAGGAGAGGAGUUACUAGCAAGUGCGGCAAAUUGGACUUUUCCACCAUCAUCAGCAUCCCUCCCCCCAUCUCUCUUCUCCAUAACCCCCCCAUCUCACACCGGAGCACCGAAGGGGGUUUGGUGACCUGGAGGAUGCUGGACUGAAAGGGACGUCGCCAAACUGGAGCAGCACGCGCGACCACGCCGGGGGGGAAGGGGGCGACGGGACUCGGUGAAUUCACGGAACCCCCGGGACAGAGCCUGUGACUGGCCCCACCCCAAGAUGACAUCUCCCAAGAGUAAGGCCAAGAAGAAGCAGACUAAAGACAGCCUCACCCUGCUGCCAUGCUUUUAUUUUGUAGAGCUCCCCAUCGUCCUGUCUUCCCUGGUGUCCCUGUACUUCCUGGAGCUGACGGACGUGUUGUCCCCGGCGAUGGUGGGCUUCCGUUGCCACGAUCGCGAUCUCUCCAUGCCCUACAUAGAGACGGGGGAUGAACUUAUUCCUCUCUUGAUGCUGCUGAGUUUGGCGUUUGCAGGACCGGCGGCGUCUAUCAUGUUGGGGGAGGGUGUCAUGUACUGCAUGCAGUCCAAGCUCAAAACCUGCCCCAAGUCAGAGGCCAGCAUCAAUGCAGGCGGCUGCAGCUUCAACUCCUUCCUGCGCAGGACUGUGCGCUUCGUAGGUGUUCAUGUAUUCGGUCUCCUGGCAACAGCCCUGGUGACAGAUGUCAUCCAGUUGGCGACUGGUUACCAUGCACCUUUCUUCCUCACUGUGUGCCAGCCCAAUUACACGGCUCCUGGAGUGUCAUGUGACAACAACACCUACAUCACACAGGACGUCUGCAUGGGAAAAGACCAGUACGCCAUCAUGUCUGCAAGGAAAACAUUUCCAUCCCAGCAUGCAACGCUGUCUGGCUUCGCUGCUGUAUAUAUCUCUAUGUACUUCAAUGCUAGCAUCAGCAGUACAACCAAGCUGCUGAAGCCUCUUCUGGUGUUUGCCUUUUGCAUGGCGGCCGGUCUCGCCGGUCUGACGCAGAUAACACAGCACCGGAGCCACCCUAUAGACGUCUACGCCGGGUAUCUGAUCGGAGCUGGAAUUGGAGUCUACCUGGCGGUGUACGCUGUGGGGAACUUCAAAGCUUCAGAAGAAGAUGCACCUCUCCUGCAGAGACUCGCCUCAGUCCACCAGAAAGAUGGCCUGAGGACGUUUAGCCAGCGGAGCCACGACUCCCUUUACAGGAAGACUCCCAGAGUGUCAGAGAGCAGGGAGGAGCUGGGGGCGGGGCUUGGGUCUGGAGCGCGCAGCAAGGUGAGGAGGGAGAAGGCGUCCGUGGGCUCCCUAAAGCGAGCCAGCGCGGAUGUGGAGCUCCUGGCGACCCGCGGUCCCAUGGGCAAAGAAACCAUGGUGACCUUCAGCAACACCCUACCUCGGGUCGCCAACGGCAACAGCCCCAUCUCCCCCUCCGAGGAGCCGGUCGGCACGCAGCGCCACAUGACCUUCCACGUUCCCUUCGACCCCCAGAGGUCUCGGCAGCUCGUGUCGGAGUGGAAGCAGCGCUCGCUGGAGCUGCGGAGCCAGAGCUCCAGAGAUGAGGACGAGGUCGUGGACGAGAGGAGCCGAGGAGAGGUGGGAGAACCGGAAAACCAAGGGAUGCCUUCGUCUCUUUACCCCACGGUGCAGGCCAGCAACAGCACCGCCGCGCAGGCGGCCGCCAACAGGAUGGUGGUGGCGCCCCCGCUGGUUCACAUCCCAGAGGAGGCCUCUCGGCCACCGCCGGUCUCCCCGAAGAGUGCCAAAACCCGAGCCAAGUGGUUGUCGCUCACAGAGGAGCGAGGUGGGAAGGAGCACGGACCCAUCGCGGUGUCAACUCCCAGAGUGCCAAACACACAGCCCAGCCAGCCGCCCAGCCAGCAGAGAGUCACUCAGGUGAUCGCCAUGUCUAAGCAGCACGGUCUUGGACAGAGCACCUCGUCCACCAAGACGUCAGAAGGCGGCUCUUCCUCCGGCGGCGGCUCCAACUGCUCCGAGUCGCCCUACUACCGGAUCCAGUCCGACCGAGACAGCUGCAGCGGGAGCAACCCGGGAAGCAUCGGCGGCAGCGGGAGCAUCGUCACCAUCGACGCUCACGCCCCCCACCACCCGGUGGUGCGCGUGUCGGCCACAAACGGCAAGCCGUGGGAGUGGAGAAACACCAUCAGCGGCAACAUGAUGACGGCCGACCCGUCGGGCGACAAGCACCGCGUCUCCCUGCAGCGGCAGGACAACGUCUCACACUACCGGGACUACCGGACGCUCCCCGUCAAAACUGACUCGCUCUGCUCCUCCAACGCCAGCAGCAGCCUCGAGGGAGGGGCUGAGCUGCCUCCUGCCUGAUGCUAGAGAAGACAGUGAGCAAAAAUACAGACCUAUAACUCUUAAAACAAACUGCUCACACGUACAGCUUCAGGGUGAAGAGACAAACACUCAGCUCCACAUCUACUUUAAAGGGUUUCUUCAGACGGUCAAAGAAAGAAGGAAAACAGAUAAAUGAACAUUUGACAGACUCGCAAACAAAGAACAUCAAAAUCAAGGGCAGCCAACCAUCACAUGCUUUGGAAUCUAUCUAAAAACCCUACAGAAGAAUAAGCUCUGGUUCAAUGCAUGAGUGUUUUCAGCUCAAAGUAAAAAAAAAAAAUUGGAAAUGUUGUUUCUGACGCCAAGCAAAAGUGUCAGCAUCCACCAGAGAGCCGGCUUAGGAAGCUCCAUUCUGGUGAACUGGGGGGGGGGAUCAUGCACAGUCGGGCACCCACAUGCAGACGUCACCGGAGGGAUUACUGUUGUAAACACGAGAGGCAGCGGAACAGAAAGAGAAUUGUUUCUAAAAUAAAAGAGGGCGAGCGGGCUGCACGGCACAAUGAAGCCGGGCAGACAGUUUGUGUGUGUGAACGCUGCAAGGGGGUGGAGCUUCAAGGCAUGAGCGCUCGGUCAUGAAACCAGACAAACGGAGAGCUCGCUUACACAAAAUGGUUGUGUGAUCACAUCAAAGCUGUAAAACAAAUCUUUGAUUUGAAUGGUUCAGACGGAGAGGCUCUGCAGGAAAACGCAUCCAUCCUGGUUUUGCCCUUUAAAAAGCAAAACUUUUCUGUAGCCGGAGCCGUUUGUUGACAUGACGUAUGUCUGUUGACGGUGUAACAAACCAUAGAACCUCACUACUGGCUAACAGGAUUUAAGUCGAUGCGUAAACAAUGGAAAAACUCCUUCACAUACAUCAGUCAUCAGCAAACAUGGAUUUUUCCGUCACCUCAGUCGAAUUUGUAAAUAUUAAGGCAAACUAUGUGACAAAUGCACCUACCGAUGAGGAUUGUGUCAUUAAGCUGAAAAAAAAAACUGUUUAUCUUGAAUGGAGGCUGUGUAUUUUCCUUAUCAGACUGUGUUGCGUAAGCCUUAUAUACUUUUGGAUUAAAGUUCAUCCAGAAAACGGAUAAUCUUAACCACUAGGGAUUAGUCACCCCGGGCUCACACUGCAUCCGGUCCGGCUCCGGUGAGGAAGCUGGAGCGGUUUAGCAUUGGCUACGGAUAGCGGUCCUGCUGCAGCUACAGACUCCGCUGCCUCGUGAUAACCCGCCAUACAUAUGGGAAGUACUAGUAAACAAAUCCUCAUUCCCCGUUAUUUUGAAUUAUAUUCACACUUCUUUUUCUGCGUGACUUGUCCUCAUACAAUGCGUAACUUAUAUUAAAACGUUUAUGUUAUUUAGGCUUCAUGUAUUGUGUAAUAAGUAGAGGAGACCGGCAUUAGUUGUCACAAACAUGGUGAAAGCAGUGAGUACAGGAUAAAAUAGGUUUUACUUUGAAAAAUGUACCAGAUGCAGCUUUACACUCACUCACACGAUUUCCGGUUUAGGUCAUUAAUAGCCCCAACUUCAACUUGAUGCCAAUUAAAUGGAUACGGAGCGUCGGACCGGACUGGAUAUAGUGUGAGUGUGUGUCGUACUUUUCAAGUUACAUAAAGACUCCAGCGUCCGCAUUGGGGUCAGACUGAAUGCAGUGUAAACCCAGGGUUACACCCAUUGACUGUAUAUGAGAACUGGACAUAGUGAGUAUGACAUCACUCAGGAAAAAAUUGACUUAUUUCUAGGCCCAACAAAAGGAAGUCAGUCACUUUUUUUUUUUGCGAAAGGACAACCGGGCAUUGUCAGUAAACUGUGAUUGGUCAGUCUUAGACGAGAUUUCUACGGCAACCACUCUCACCAAUUAGGCCACACCCCUACCACUUGAAAGUCCGGUUCUUUCCCAUCUGGUCCAUGAAAAAAAGGAUACGGAGAUAAUCAAUAUAAAUAAAGUUUAGCCUAAAUUACAAAAGGGGUUUAUAUAAACAGACACCUUGUGUCAGAAAACGUACAACCCCUUGUUGUGACAGUAAAAGAUGUCCAACACAAGAGGCCUUCAGCUCUUAUCUGUUUGAUCAGUGGAAGGAAAGUGGGCCAUACUAAGACUGUCAAAUGUUUUGAACAUUGGAUGUGACUCCACCUACUUGGAAUAACUUACAAAAAUGUUCAGAUUAGCAAGAACCUGAACUAGAGAAAUGGUUGAUUUAAUAGCCGGGCAGAGGCAUUUGAGCCUCAUUGAGCUUCUAUUUCUCAAUAGAAGUCUGUUGGGUUUUAAAACCAGCAGGCACUUCCUGUUUGGAAUCCCAGGAGGGAGGGGCCACUCUGUCCAGUUCUCAGUAUACAGUCGAUGGCUACACCAACAAUCUGCUGUAUAAGUUUCCAACUUUAAAAUUACAUUUCAGUUUUGCUUUUUUUUAAAACAAUUUGGCCAAAAAAUGCACAAACAAGGCGUGGUCCUUUGACUGACAGGUGAUGUUGAGUCCUCAGCUCUACAAUUGCCUUACAAGGUUUGAAAAACUGCCAAUCUUUUUGACAGUUUACUGCCUUUUUUCCAGUUCUUGAUAAGACUGAGGUUCUAUGAUAUCACAGGAAAAGGACGAGCUGCCUUUUAAUCGUCUCAAUGGAAACCAAUGGAACAGACGACCACAUAUUAAAUACAUCCGAUUGGAACUUUUCUGUCUUAAAAUUAAAAAUAAUUUCAGGAAUCGUUCCCUAAAACAUCAUCUCCAAAACCAACAAAAAUAUGCUCUUCAUCAUCUUAUCCUUUAAAAACUAUCAUAUUCCUACAUAAAAACUGCUGUCAGUGAAAUGUAUUGCUCUGGUUAAAAAAAGCCUUAAGUUUGAAUGAGUCAUACAUUAAAAAAAAUGUGGAUUUUCUUAAAUGCUGUUCGGUUUAAUGAUAAGCUAAAUGUGCUGACAGGACACUUUGUUAAUCAGCCAAAACAACCAGAUUAUGUCAAUCUGAGCAUUUGUUCGCAAUCUUUUUGAGUCAGCUGAAUUGCAUAUAUAAUCUAAAACUCGUGGGAAUGACCGGUGCAGUCUGUCGGUGCAUCGUCUGCACACCUCUGCCUCUUGUGUGUGUUGAAAUCCUUUUGUACAGAGUAGUUAUUACCUGGUAUCUUUGUUUUAGAGCAUUAUUCUUUAUUGACAAGCACAGUCAUGCGCGGGUGAAGUCGGUGUCCUUCUGUGCACAGCAAACAUCUAAAGGAUGCAGUCGUCUCCAAACGUUAGAAUUCUUCUUUUCUGGUCAGAAACAUUAUUAGAAAAAUACAACUUAAAAUAAUGACUUAGCAAGCAAUUGGUUAAAUCAAUAAUAUGGGAAUAGUCUUAAUCAAACAUCGUAAGGGAUGCUCCCUGUGCCUCUUAGUUUAGAAAAAGACACAAAAAAGGCAUUAAAGGAAAGAAAGAAAGUAUGGAGCAUGAACCAAGAUAAUACAAGGAACCUCAGUGGGGUCACCCUAAACUAAACUCAUGUCCAAGUCUGUUAAAUCAAAUGAAUAUAAAGAUUUUAAAAAUAUUUAAGUCUUUACUAGGAGGUCUAUGUGAGAUUUGUUGCUUUGGUUGUCAUUGUUCUGACUAAAAUGCAGUUUUAAACAACUUUUUUAGCAUUUAACACAUUUCUUAUUUUUUAUUUUUUAGUUAGCAUUCUCUCUUUUGUGGCCAAUUCAAUGACUGGAAGGUGUCCAAGUUCCACGACUGCAAUGCGAGCCCAAAUCAAGUUCUAUUUAUGCAGAGCCUUUUAUACAGAGGGCUCGAAAACACCCCAUUCAAAAAACAAAAAAGGGAAAGUGCACAAAAGAAGUUUAGCAUUGAAAAUAAUUGAGACACAAAUAUCCAUUGAAAAGUAGGAAAAUAUCCAGAAGGAACCAAGAAAAUACUGUCGAAGUGGAGAGUAGUAAGGUAAAAAUAUACUACUGAAUUAUAUAAAUGUCAUUUUUGACAAAAAAAAAAAAAACUAAAAAGCAUCUAUUAAUAGACGUAAUUACAUUAAAUUAAAUGGGAAAAAAAUCACAAAUAUAUACAGUAUUUUAUUUAAGUGCAAGAUUAAAAAAAACACAUAAAAAAAUGUCAGGGAGAACAUUCCACUGACUGAAAACAGGUAGAAACCAACUUGUUAGGGAGUGAGUGAUGUAGCCUUUAUUGUUUAAAAUGUCAUCCAGACACGUGGUUGUAACUAAUUCUAUAAAUCCAUCACAAUUUUUUGGUUUCAAAGCUAAAAAGAUGAAUUUCUAGCGUUUGCACACGACUGCAUAUCAGCAGGUUUUGUACAGUUGUUGUUGGAGGAGGUUGUGUAAAAUGAAACAAGGUGUGUUUUUAGAGGUGCUCCUCAUUCCAGGAGCUGGUAGGUAAAGUUUCUUGUCGGUUUGUGCUGCAUGUAUGUGUGAAUGUGCUUUUUGUUGUCAUUCUUUUAACCUGUGCUUGACGUGCUGGCGGAGUAACAUUCUGGUGAUUCACUUUUGACUGUAAAUAUACUUCCUCAUCCUGUCAGAACAGUUAGAGCUCCAGAGUUUUUUUUAAUGGACUGAUGUUUGUUGUUUUUUUUUAACUGUUGUAAUGUGUAACUUUAUUAACCUCGUUGAAUAAAAAACUAGGACUUCU